GAGAAGAAUAAAAUAAAGUUUUAAUAUUUACUGUGACACCUAUUUUCUUUUUUUUUUGGGAGACAAAUUAUGACACCUAAAUGUGAAAUAGAUUUUUCGCAACUUACCCGAAAUACAUUAUUUGAGAAUGCGUUGUGGGUUAUCUGACAAAGUCCAGAUAUUUCUUUAGUGUUAAGACUGUUGGGGGGUGCACAAUUGGUUUUUAAUCUUUCCAAAAGAGUUGGGGCAUGACGGUAAUACCACAUAAUUUCCACCACCGACUCACUCUAGGUAAAUCUAUCCGCUAAAACACACACACACACACACACACACACAUGUAUAUAUAGAAACAAGUUAGGGCAGGAGUAAAGAGGGAAAUAGAAAGCUACGGAAGAGGAAAGGUGAUAAUGGGGUUUCCGAAAAACAAAUUUGCAAAUCGAAAAUCAACUUUGAAGAAGAAAGCUGCGGAGCUUGCUGCAUUGUGUGGUGCAGAGGUCUGUGUGAUCUGUUUGGAUGCUAAUGGCUACAUGGAAACCUGGCCAGAGGAUGUAAACAAGGUCAAAGCCACAAUCUUGAAGUACAAUCAUACUGUUCAAGCUACUAAGAAAAAAGCCAAAACCAAAGUGAAAGCAGCCGCUGAUGAGAAGAACAGCUUCAACCCCUGUUCUAAUGGAAUAAUGUGGGAUGGGAAUCUAGAAAACCUAUCCAAGGAGUCUUUCAUGAGUUUAUCAAAUUGCUUGGAGGCCAAGAUUCAAACUUUGGAUUAUCAAAUCGAUCAGGCUGAUGAUGAUGAUAAUCAACUUACUUGUGUGGGACCCAUUUAUGGCUUUGAUGAGAUUGAUAUGAAUAACCCUGACCUUAUGACAAACAAUUGUUGUAAUAAUAUGGUAAUGGUAGACCAAUUCGACCAACUCCAACACUCUAUCCCUCUCGCUACUGAUCUUCCUCCUCUUCCCACGGAGUUCUCAGACAAUAAUUCAACAACAAUGGCGGCAUCGCACUCACUUUCCAAUUGCAAUCACAUCAUUGAUGAUGUUGUUGGAAAUACCGUUGGUAUUAUUGACUAUGAUGAUGGUUAUCAAUAUUGGAAUAAUCUUUUGGGAGCUGAUCUGGAGACUACUAAUUCAGAUUUGGGGUCAGAAUUUAAUUUUCUCAUGCAAGAGUACAGCAAGGAAAUUAGUUGCUCUAAUUUUCCGGCAGAGGAUAAUUUUUGUUUGCCUAUGAAUCAAAUUUGCGGAAUGUAAUUGAUUUAAUUAUCUGUCUCACGGUAGUUUAAUUAGACUUAAUAGAAAGAUCAAAUAUAUAUAUAUAUAUAUAUAACCCAAUUUUGUAUGCACGGUGGUUUAAUUUUUAUUUUAUGCUAUAUAUUCUCUUUUCUUUCUUUUCAAUUUUUUUUUUCUGCCUUUUUUUUUUUUUUUUUCUUUGUAAUAACUUUUAAUGUCUCAUGGUUAAGUACGCUUAUUCAGUCACAUGGGUUUAAUUUGUUAGUUAAUUUUUAAAGUAAACGAGAAGGGAUUCUGUGCAUUCCAGAAAUUAAGGCCGAAAUAUAGGAGAAUUCAAUUUGUUUUUCCAUCCAAAUUGGUAUUGCUAAAUUUGUUUUCAUUUUUUUCCCAUUAUUUACUAGAAUUACAGCUUCUCAAGAGUUGAUCAAUUUAGACUUCAAAGUUCCACUCCUACUAAACUCUGUCCAUGAGUAUGGCUGUCCUAAAACCGAACUAAAAAUUUCACUCGUUUUAUCCCCCAUCUCUCCUGGCUAAAUCCAAUUGAGCUAUCGGAUUUUAUUUUGUUUCAAGGCAAAAAUUGACCAUUCCCUCUCCCAAGUUAACAAAAAUUAUCAAAGACAAAAUCAAACUAGCAAGCAACAUCAAUUUGGUACCAAAUGUGUAAGAAGUUUAAAAUUUCAAUUAAAAAAAAAAAAAGCAGCUAAAUGUUCCCCAACAUAUACACAAAAGGCUACCAUUCCAUUUCAAGAGAACAACAGCACCGUCAGUUUGCUACCAAAAUUAUAAGAAAACACCAACUGAAAAGAGAACUUAAGACUGCCCAACAAAACAGGCAACAAGCUGCUAAUCAGAUUUUGCUGAUUCUGAUCAAAAUUCUUACGAUAAAAGGUUUUGCUUGUAUGCAUAAAUCUCUCCCUGAUCACCU